UAAAAUCAGGAGGGCUGUUAAACUUCACACCUGCUGUAUCUGCAGAAAGACCCCCAUGCUUUCUGUGUGUCCUCAUCUCAUUCACACAAACACUACGUAACAGAAACAUGCUCAGGCCUGCAACGUGGAUGUGUUGCUCUCUGACAUUAAGCAGAUAUUAUUUGUGCUCUUCUCUCUUCUUGGGUCUGUUUCUGGUGGUGAACUCUGGAUCCUGUAACUUUCCCAUAGAAUGGAGACUGUACAAAGGCAGCGCUGGCUAUUGCAGCACAUACAGAGGUGACGUGUGUUGGAACGAGCUCCGUCGGGAUGCGCUGGUGUUUUUCAACUACUCUCUUCCGAACCCGGAGGAUGCACAGGAGUACCUGGCCCAGAGCGCAUGGGGGGAACUGGACGGGGUGAGCUCAUUCUGCAGGCCCGCCGCCAGGUCACUGCUCUGUCACGCCACCUUUCAGGACUGCAACCCAUCUGGACUCGGACCAGCACCCAAACCCGUCUGCAGGGAGCACUGUCUGGCAGUGAAAGAGCUGUACUGUUAUAAGGAGUGGCGCUCUGCUGAGGAAAGAUCUCAUCGAGGGUUCCCACAUAGCAUCACUCUCCCAGAAUGCACCUCUCUACCCAGUCAACAAGCAGACCCAUCCUCAUGCACAGCAGUUCCUUACGUCGAUCUCAAUAAAGGCCAAGUUACAACAACAUGUUACAAUGACAAAGGAAGAUUUUACCAAGGAACUCACAACAUGACAGCAUCUUCCAUUCCCUGUCAGCGAUGGAACCAGCAGGAUCCCCAUCAGCACAGACUCUCUGUAGAUGUGAUUCCUGAGUUGCGAAAUGCAGAAAACUACUGUCGUAACCCAGGCGGAGAGAGUGACAGGCCAUGGUGCUACACCACAAACCCUAACGUGCGCUGGGAGUACUGUCUGGUGCCCAAAUGUGGAGAAGUUAUGAGUGUGAAGACUGCACCCUCCAUUACAAAACCGGUCCAGAUUUACCCACCUCCUCCUGUGUCUACAGCCUACUCAAUGAGCGUUAUCAUCUUCAUCAUUUCUGGCUUCGCUGGGGCAGCCUUUUUUACCAUACUCAUCCUCAUGUGCCACAGGCGAAAGAAAAUGUGGCAAAAGAGGAAAAGUAGGGUGCUGGAGACGCCUACGCUGACCACCCUCCCCUCAGAGCUCCUGCUGGACAGACUUCAUCCCAACCCCAUGUACCAACGACUGCCUCUCCUUCUCAACUCUAAGCUCCUCAGUCUCGAAUAUCCACGCAACAACAUUGAAUAUGUCCGUGAUAUUGGAGAGGGGGCCUUCGGUAGGGUGUUUCAGGCAAGAGCCCCUGGUCUUUUGCCGAUGGAGCCGUUCACCAUGGUGGCAGUGAAGAUGUUGAAGGAGGAAGCUUCAGCUGAUAUGCAGAACGACUUUCAAAGAGAAGCUGCACUCAUGGCUGAGUUUGAUCACCCCAACAUUGUCCGUCUCCUGGGAGUCUGUGCGGUGGGGAAGCCCAUGUGUCUCAUGUUUGAAUACAUGGCCUAUGGGGACUUGAAUGAAUUCCUGCGACGGCGCUCUCCAACCCAGCAGCCCAGUCUAAGUCGGGAUACCUUGACAUGCAGCAGUCUCGUGUCAGAACCUGAACGUUACCCACCCCUCAGCUGCCUGGAGCAGCUCUCCAUUUCCAAGCAGGUGGCGGCAGGAAUGGCGUACUUGUCGGAACGCAAGUUUGUGCACCGUGACCUAGCUACCCGCAACUGUUUGGUUGCCGAAAACCUGGUUGUGAAAAUUGCGGAUUUUGGUCUCUCACGCAAUAUCUAUGCAGCAGAUUAUUACAAAGCCGGUGAAAAUGAUGCCAUCCCGAUUCGCUGGAUGCCACCCGAAUCUAUCUUCUACAACCGCUACACCAGCGAGUCAGAUGUGUGGGCUUAUGGUGUGGUAUUAUGGGAAAUCUUCUCAUAUGGCAUGCAGCCAUACUACGGCAUGGCCCACGAGGAGGUCAUCUACUAUGUAAGGGAUGGAAAUGUGCUCGCCUGUCCAGAAAACUGCCCACAGGAGCUGUAUAACCUCAUGCGUUUGUGUUGGAGCACUCAUCCCACUGACCGGCCUAGUUUCGCCAGCAUUCACCGCAUCCUGGAAAGAAUGCAUGACCAGAUGCUCCAACCUGGCCUUUCUUGAGGAUCUCUAAAGAUGCAAUUCAAAGAACCGAAAAGCUCCAAUCUUUAAGGAACUCAUUAGUAUCCCAAAGAGCCCUGAGGGAUCUUGAUGAAGGAUAAAACAUUUUAAGGUAUCCACAAGAACUGCAGACAACCCAGAGGAGACAUGACAGAGUCCUGACAAACCUUUAAGUGCCCACAAAUACUCAAGAACCCAGAGGAACAUUGAGGAAUGUGUAAGAAGCCUGAAAUGAUUGAAAAGGCUCUCACACCUUAAGGAAUACUGAUCCCUCAAACUCUUUGAAGAUGAGUUUGCUUGCAUCUGUCCAAAGGAUCCCAAUUGUUUUCUUUCAGUGAUGUGUGGCAGACAUCAGAUGAGUGCUAGUCAAGGUUUGAGGUGAUUCAUAUUAACAGGAUCACCAAUAAUGAAGGUUAACAUCUAGUAAUAAGGUGGAUGGAGUGCAGUCACUGCAAUAAUCUAGACUGAAAUCUCUGCAAGCAGAGACAUACAGUAUAUAUGCCUGAUAUUUGUACUUUUCAUCUCUUUUGGAUCUAUUUUGAGUAAAAAUCUGAGAGUACUAUGCAUCUGUUAUUAACAUUCUUUGAAAAAGUUCAUUCAAGAACAUGCUAUAGUGCUUCAAGCUGAAAAACAUUGUCAUUGUUUAAUUUAAAUUGAAAACAUUUAAAUAGAUUAGCUUAUUCCAAAGUGGCACAUCAUCACUUUAUUUUAUGUUGUAACUAAAUAGUUUUGUUCAUUUCUCAUUCAUUGAUAUUCCAAGAUACUAUUUUUCUUUGUGUGUUCUCAGUUAUACUUGUGAGUGAAACAAUGUAUCAGAAAAUUUCGUAGAGAAGUGUAUGUAAAAUAUUUUUGAACAAUUUCUUAAGAUCAUGUCUCAUAAUUCAUUAAAAAUGAACUUGUAUGAAUUAUAUGCAUUUUAUCAUAAACUGAGACAAAGACAUCUGCUUAAAAUCAACUUUUAAUAAUUUAUCUGUUUGAUGGUCCCAUAUACACAAGACAACAAACAAUAAAACCUAUGAAAAUGAAGUAGUCACCCCUUUACACUGAAAUCUCUAUACAUCAUUGUGCAUUCUGGGAUACUUUAUAAACAGCACUAUAGGAGUGUCCAUGUGUACUUAACACUUCACUUCAUCUGGUACAUCUCACCCAUUUCAUUUUCAGUUCAAUUCAGUUCAGCAUGUCCGAACUUCUGAUAGGUAUUUAGCUAAAAUCUCAAAAAAAAAAAAAAAAAAAAAUGCUUUGGGAAUUUGUUAUUAUACACACAUAGCAUGACCUUUUUUAGUGUUAUUAUUAUGUUAUUAUUGUAUUAUUAGACAAUUUUACACCCACUAUGUUAAUAUAUUGGUUCCAUUAGCUAUAUGAAUCGAUGUUGUAUAUGACUUGCUUGAAAUAAAACUAUUUAUUACAUUUC